GUUAUGUAUCAAGUUAAUAAUAAGUAUUUAAUAAAAAAUAUUAAUAUUUAAUAAAGAAUUAUUUUACUUUUAAUUUAUUAUUCUUUAUGUUCUUUAAAUUUGUUUCUGUAUUUGAUUCAAAAUUUAGCGCUUCAAUAUGGUCGUCGCUUCAGGUAAUCGCUAUGAUUGGUCGGCUUUUUUAUGGUGCGCGAACCGAGUUAAAAUUGAGCCCGACUUUGGCGAGACCUUGUUACUUGGAUCAUGGCUGAAACUGUUGAAACCAUCAUACAAACGGGUUGUACAGUCUACUCAAAGUGCAUCAACCAACACAAUAUUUCAAUUAAAAAUUUUCAAUAUAUACAACUACGCCAGUAUUUUACUUAUCAAGAAUUGACCUGAUUAACUCGAAGCCAUAAAAAACAAAGAAGAAGAAGAAGACACCUUGUAUACUUUGUAUACAAAAGUCAUAAGAAGAAGAAGAAGAAGAUAGAAAAACUAACUAAAUAUAGAUAUUAUUUUUCAAAUAUACUAUAAUAUAUUACAUCUAUAAUCAACAUGGAAUCAAAAAUUGGAGCAGAAAGGCAAAAUAUAAUUUUUCAUCCUAUAAUUUCGUCAAUUCAAAAAAUUGCUCUUUAUGAAACAAAGUCUCGUUUUUAUUUGAUGGGAUCUAAUAAUUUAUUGACAAGAUUUCGGGUCCUUAAAAUUGAUCGUCUUGAGCCAAGGGAAUUAAUUGUCACCGAUGACAAAAUAGAAUAUACACAAGAAGAAAUUAGAGACUUAGUGAAUAUGAUAGAUAUGGGUAAUCGAAAUCGUGAAAAACGAGGAAGCACUGGAGGUGUUGCUCGAGUUGUUUCAGCAUUUGGAAUUGUUGGUUUUGUUCGAUUCUUGGAGGGCUAUUAUAUAAUUUUGGUCACUAAACGUCGUAAAGUUGGUGUAAUUGGACAUCAUACUAUUUACAAAAUCGAGGAUACUUCCAUGAUAUACAUACCAAAUGAUUCUGUACGAAUAUUUCAUCCCGAUGAGCAACGUUACGUGAAAAUGUUUCAGAGCAUCGAUCUCAGUAGUAAUUUUUACUUCAGCUAUUCCUACGAUUUAACUCACACUUUACAAUCAAAUAUGGCACCACCAAAGCAUAUUAAACUCGACAUUCCUGAUGAGAAAAUCGACAACAAAAAGAAUGACGACAACAUUGAAAGUUUCGAUGAUUUCUACAAUAUGUGGAGUUGCAGAAAGAGUUGGCAAAAAAAUGGUUAUGGAGAAAGAUAUAUCGAUUAUGGAGUUAGAAGUAAUCCACAUCGACGUUUUGUAUGGAAUUCGCAUUUACUCUCACCAGUUGAAAGAGAAUUACAUAGAGAUUGGAUUUUAUACGUGAUUCAUGGAUUUAUCGGUCAGUCUAAUGUCAGUGUUUUUGGUAGAUCAUUGUACAUAACAAUAAUCGCAAGAAGAAGUAAUAAAUACGCAGGCACGAGAUUCUUAAAGCGAGGGUCAAAUUUUGAUGGAGAUGUGGCUAAUGAAGUAGAGACCGAGCAAAUAGUUCACGAUUCAUGUGUCAGUUGUCUAAGUAAUGGAAGAUUUAGUUCUUUUGUUCAAAUGCGUGGAUCUGUACCAAGUCAUUGGAGUCAAGACGUCAGUAAAAUGGUUCCAAAACCAACAAUAACUUGUGAUUUAGCCGAUCCAUUUGCUGAAACUGCUGGUGCACAUUUUAAUCAACUAUUGAAACGUUAUGGAUCGCCGAUUAUCAUACUGAAUCUUGUUAAAAAGCGGGAAAAGAAGAAACACGAGAGCACUUUGAGUGAAGAAUUAAGUACGGCUGUGAAAUAUCUCAAUCAAUUCCUAUCACCGGAACAUCAUAUUCAAUAUAUUAGUUUCGAUAUGGCGAGAAAAAAUAAAGGGAAAGAGGCCAACGUGAUGGGUCGUCUGGCAAACAUUGCAAAUAAUGCUGUUUUAAAAACUGGUAUAUUCCAAUCGCACAAAACAUUUUAUAAUCAACGAAAUAUUCGUAAUUUUGCCAAUAAUCCAAAAAAAAUGCACAAAACGGAAUCAACAUCAAUGUGCUCAUCUGUAUUGAAUGAUACAAAAUUAUCAAAUGAUUGGAGUAGUAAACAGCCAUUUGUUACUCAUUUAAAUUAUGAUCAUGUGAAAAUGACACAAGGAAAUUAUGAUAAUUCGAAAGAAUCGACGAGUUUAAAUGAUAAAGUUAGAGAUUGCUUUGCAUGGGGUGGAGCACUGCAGACAGGAAUAAUAAGAACUAAUUGCGUCGAUUGUUUGGAUAGAACGAAUACAGCACAAUUUGCAAUCGGAAAAUGUGCCCUUGGCUAUCAAUUGUGUGCUUUAGGAAUCUUACAAACACCAAAAUUGGAAUUCGAUUCCGAUUGUGUGAGAAUGCUAGAGGAACUCUACGAGGAUCAUGGCGAUACUUUAGCACUGCAAUACGGCGGUUCACAAUUGGUUCAUCGAAUCAAGACUUAUCGUAAAACUGCUCCAUGGACUAGUCAAGGAAAUGAUAUUAUGCAAACUUUGAGCAGGUAUUACAGUAAUACUUUCAGUGAUCAAGAAAAGCAGCACACGAUUAAUUUAUUUUUAGGUUUAUUCAUUCCGGAGGAAGGUAAAACACCAAUUUGGGAAUUGCUGACCGAUUAUUAUUUUCAUCAUAAGCCAGCUUGCAAAUAUGUGAGAAAAACAAGAUUACUGACACAAUGGUGUGACAGAAAUGUACUCAAGUGUCUACCUUACGCAUUGGAAGAAAUGACGAAAACAUGUUCCGAAAUUAUUCAAGUUCAACACUCCCAAGAGGAAAUGAUCGACAUUUACUACGAUUAUUAUCGUCCCCAUGAACUGUCAGUACUUGCGGAAGUUUAUGCCUACAAAGUGAGUCAUUCGGUUCGUGAUUUCAUGCCGAAUUUCACGACAAAUUUCAGUCCGUUUGCAGUUCGUGUACGUCCCGGUAGAAGACGAGAGGAAACUGGAAACAAAAAUAUAAAUAUGAAAAAUCCAUCGUUAACUGGUCAGAGCAGCACCGGAAGUACUGCAUCCAGUGCUAGUUCAAGUAUCGAUACAAGUUCAGACGAUGAUGAAAGUCAUCAAAUGCUCGAUUCGUCUUUGAGCAUUUCUAAACACAGUUCAGAUAUGAUUUCAUUUGAAUGCUUAUUUCCAUCAAUGAAAGAGGUGUAUGGUACACAGCCAGAGAAUCCAAAGAGAAAUGAUAUCUUUCUUUAUAAAAGAUACGUUGUGAUUGGAAGAAAUGCAACGCGACCUAUGGAUCAUUCAAUAAUACGCUCGAAAUUAGUGCAGCAAGCGACAUUUCCAAAUCAUCUGCCUGUUAAAACUGAAUUGCCAAAAGUCACCGACACGAGUGUCAGUAUUUAUGAACAGUAUGUUAAAAGAGGAAAAGUUGGUGGUUCAGUGCCGAGACCAAAUGAUAUGACACUCUAUGAGAAAUAUGCCCAUCAACAGCAACUACUUUUAGGAAAUAUUUCCUGCUGAUUCAUCUUUUUCAAAUCAUAUUAUAUCAAUUUUAAUCAAGAGAAAAUCUUACACUGUUUGUAAAUAUUAUUGUAAUUUCAAGGGUUGCCAUGGGUCAAAGAAGUCAGGAGAAUCAGAGAAAUUUUUAGGAAUUUUAUCAAAAUUACAAAAAAAAGUAUCAAAUCGAGAAUUUGUAAAAAAUUCUGGUUUUUGUUUUUUCAAGAAACAUUUUAAAGUUUUUUUCAGUAAGUAUUUGCAUUUUAGGAAAUAGCUUUCUUCAAGUUAAUUAUUAUAAUUAUUUUAGAGAAGAUUUUAAAUAAAAAUAGUUGCAAUUUUCGUAAUUAAAUAUCAAAAAGUUUUAAACUAAAGUUUUCGAAAAUUUUAAUUAU